GUCAAGCCUGUUUUAGGCCUUUGAACUGAUCUUGGCUAGUGAGAGCUCACUUUACCAAAGUUUCCCAGCCAGGCCAAUCACUUUUACUCUUAUCAUCGUCUCCCUCUCUCCGUCUUUCUUGACCCUCAUAAUGGAGUCCGUUUCUGUGAUCCACUCAUCAUCUCCACCCUUCCGAAACCAUCCAAAGACCCACAAACCAACCUCCUCCAAAUCCAAUCCUUUUUUCCCAAGCUCCUUUCCCAUCUCCACUUGCAUUCCCCAAACUCCUAUUAAUCAGCAAACUAAUUUCUUCACCAAUAAACUGACCUCCCCCUCACCCUUUACUCACUCCCGAAACCAUCUCCAAAGCCCUCUUUGGAUUCUUAAAAACUCUUCUGUUUUACAAUCUCUAACCCAAACCCAUCUUUCUUUUACCUUGUUUAACCUCCUCACUUCUUUUCCUUGUCUCGCCUCUGAAACUGUUAUAUCCUCAACUGAGCCAGGCAAAGUAAGCCUAGAAGCAAUCUUGGUCUCAAUUGAUGAAUUUUUUAACGAAAACCCAUUUUUUGUUGCUGGCUGCACCUUCAUUUGGUUGGUUGCUGUACCUUUAACUAAAGAGUACUUGAGCAAAUGCAAGUUUAUAUCUGCCAUUGAUGCGUUUGGGAAACUCCGUGAUGACUCAAAUGCACAACUUUUGGAUAUUAGAGAUGACAAGACUCUGGCUUCUUUGGCAUCACCAAAUUUAAAACUUUUGAACAAGGAUUCCGUUCAGGUUCAGUUUACUUCUGAAGAUGAGAAUGGAUUUGUAGAAAAAGUUCUGCAGAAGUUUCCAAACCCUGCAAAUACUGUUCUUUGUCUUCUUGACAAUUUUGAUGGAAAUUCCUUGAAAGCGGCUGAGUUAUUGUAUCAGAAUGGUUUUAAGGAGGCUUAUGCAAUCAGGGGAGGGGUCAGAGGCAAGAAAGGGUGGCUGGCGAUACAGGAGACCCUUUUGCCACCUUCUGUACAUAUUAAGCCUAAGAAGAAGAAGAAGAAGGUCAAAAUAUCUCAACAGUUUGGUGUAAAUGGAGCAGUUGGUCAAGUUGAGGAUAAGAAAGAGGAUUCUUCUUCUACAAGUGCCCCUGUAGUAGAAAGUCAAACUAUAGAUCAUGAAGUUACUGAAUCCAUGCCACAUGCGAAAGUUGGUUCAUGGUCCUCCUCUCCUUACCCUAAUUAUCCAGAUCUGAAGCCACCAUCUUCACCAACUCCAUCAAGACCAUGAGAAUUAUACAACACAAGUAUCUCGGUCUGAGAUCACCUACCCGCAUCAUUCAUAGCUUGAAGGUCAUUCCACUUUUCAGAAGUGACUUUUCAUUUUUGUAAUUAUCCAAUUUAUUUAAUUUCUAGUUUUGACUAAGUUGAUUCUGCAUAUGAUGGUACAUUAUGUGCAAUAAUUAGGGUUUGUCUUCUUUGUUUGGGUGGCAAACAAUGGAAUGACUGUAAAUUCAGAGUAUCAAAUGUAGAGAACCAAAGUGGUAGAUGUUAUUAGCUA